AUGGAGCUGGAGUUGAUUAUGUCGUCAGAAGAAGCUAAUGCGAUUGAACCAAGUGGCGAUGAAGAAUCAUAUACAGAUGACAGAAUCGAUCCUUGGGCUAUUGGCUACUUGUUCAACCAUGUCAAUUAUAAACAAUUUGGUAGUUUAACAUUAGCAAAAGUGUCAGAUUUCGGAAUUUCAAGAUCAGGUGCACUUGAGCAAACUCAUAUAACCACUCAAGUACAAGGAACUUUCGGAUACUUGGAUCCGGAGUUUUUUCGGUCGAGUCAAUUUACAGAGAAAAGUGAUGUAUAUAGUUUUGGAGUUGUUCUUGUUGAACUGCUAACAGGACAAAAACCCAUCUCUUCAACACAAGCAGAGGAAGUGAGAAGCUUGGUAGCCUUUUUUCUGCUUACAAUGAAGGAGAAUUCCCUAUUUGACAUUCUUGAUCCAAUGGUAAGGAAUAAUGGUCCAGAUGAAGAGAUUAUAGCAGUUGCAAAGCUAGCGAAAAGAAGCUUGAAUCUUAAUGGAAAGAAAAGACCCACAAUGAAACAAGUUGCAAUGGAGCUGGAGAGGAUUAGAGCAUCAGAAGAAGCUAAUGCUAUUGAACAGAGUGUGGAUGAAGAUUCUGAUAUAGAUGAGAUGAUCGAACCUUGGGCUAUUACUUCUUGUUCAACGUCUAGAUCAAUUAUAAACGAUAGUGUAACUCUGCCAUUGGAUGCAUACCCCUAAUUAGUUUCCAACAGAACUUGUUAAACUUUCUGCCUUCGGAGUGUUUUUCUCUGUAAGUUAUCUGCC